UGAAGUUACCAAACGCUUCUUUAUACUCAUAUCAUUGAUACAGAUGUCAAGAUGGCAGCGCCCGUCUCGACGUUUCACAAAUCACAUACAAAGUCAUUUAAACACGACGUUUCACCCUUUGACCAAGAACAAGAUGCAAAUUCAGCAUUAUCUGAUCUGGACAGAGGAUUGAGGUCAAUGAAGGUUGGAGUUCAGUGUGAAGCAGUGGUUCGAUUUCCAGGACUGUUUGAGAAAUACCCAUUUCCCAUCCUUAUCAACUCUGCAUUUCUCAGACUAGCAGAUGUUUUCAGAGCAGGUAACAACUUUAUCCGUUGGUGCAUUCUUCGUGUGACACAUGAAAGUGAGAAACACCUCGACAAGAUACUCAAUGUGGACGAGUUCAUGAGGAGGAUAUUCUCCGUUUAUCACAGCAAUGACCCUGUGGCAAGGGCCGUAACUCUCAGGGUAUUGGCCAACAUUUCCUUGAUCAUAUCAGAGCGCAAGAACAUCCAUCACAGCAUCACUGUCAGUCUGGACUCCCAUGAUGCUGUCGAGGUUCAGGCUGCCAUAUAUGCAGCACAAAAAUUCUCUGAACAAUCAAGGGUGUUUGCGGCGAACAUCUGUGACAAGAUAUCGGAGAUGAUCCAUAGCGUGGCGACGCCUGUGGAUCUGAAGCUGUCCCUUAUUCCCGUCCUACAGUUCAUGCACCAUGAUGUUUCCAUGGCAACGAAGGCUCGCAACGUGUGCCUGAAGUUACUUGACAGCUACCCGGCAGAGAAGUUCAAGGUUCAGACACUGAGUGUGAUGUCCCACCUGGCCUCUCUCUCCCUCAUUGAUAUACCAGCACAGAUAGAUCUGCUAUUGGAACACGUUUGCACCGACCCUCGCAGUCAUGUAGGCAUCGUGUGUCUGCAGGAACUGCACACGCUUGCAUUGAAGACCCCUCACCUGUGGACGUAUAAUCAUAUCAUGCGCCUCUGUGAGUACUUCCUUAAGAGGGACAGCCACUCAUCCAAGCUGCUCAGCAUGAAUAUCCUUGCCCAGCUGUCCAAGUCUGUCACCUUCAACCUGAUCUUCACUAAGUCGGAUUUCCACGACGUGUUUCUGUCAGUUUGCAACCAUUGUUACGCUUCACCCAGUUACGCUCUGGCUGCGAGAGUGAUUGAGUUCUACACACACAUAGUCAUUGCCUACUGCAAAUCAAAGACCCUAGAGUACUGGUCUGGUCAGAACCUCGUCGAGGGAGCAGUGACUGCCAUACAGACACAGAUUCUCAUCAUGGCCUCCGAGGCCAGCGACACCAAGAAUCUCAAGCUUUGUUUGAAGUGUGCAGUAGAUAUGGUGAAAUCCCAUCCAAAGACUGCCGAUUCUUUUGCCACUUGCAUUGCUGACUUGUUACCAGAUGUCCAAGAGCCUGUGAACUCUAUCCUUAGUGAGAGUCUUGCAGCCAUUGGUUCCCUGCACCAGACCAUGAUGCCCCAGUCUGUGGUCCCCCAGAUACUUCCAUUGCUUGAAGGCCCCUCCCACAGACACACCCACCAGAUGCAGGUGUACCUCUGCACAGUGCUUUUCCAAGUGGCAGAAGGGAAGCCAUUGCCUGUGCACAUUGAGGACACGAUCACUGCCUGCUUCUUUGAGGCAGACCCUUGGCUGGGGUACAAACUGUCUCGCGCUGGAAUGAGAUAUGGGCAGAGUGGAGUAGCCCACAAAAUAUUGUCAUCUCUUGCACUUGAGGUGGCCUCAGAGCAUUUCCAUUUCUGGCUGAAUGGACUUCGAGAUAUCUGCAAGGCUGAAAGUGAGCUGCAGAAACCUGGCACCCCUAUAGGAGUCAUACAAGAAGCUUUGGCCUGGUACCAUAGGGGUCUGACCUCUCUUAAGGCUGCGGUGGUUCUCAGCUUUCCCCUGCAGUUCCAGUGUGAGUACAUUCAGCUGAGAGCCAGUCUGCUGGAAUCCCACACCCAACUGUUAAGGACGUGCAACACCUUCAAGACAUGCCCUCCACCAGCAAUAGCAACACAUAAAGCACAGGCCAAGGGGCUAGAGAUCACCAAAUAUGAACACAUUGUAUCACAGCUGGGCAAGACAGGGGCAGAGUACUCUCGCCUCAGUGAGAUGCUGGCCACUUUGUAUCAGCAGUCCUUUGAUGCUGACCCUGACUCUCUCAUACAUCUGCAGCUGUUACAGACAAGCUGUGAAUUGAUGAAAUUGGCAAUCACCUCCAUAGCGCAGACAGGCAAUGACGGCCAAACUUUGCCUGCUGAUAAAAUGGUGCUAGGUCUAGGGGAGGUAACUGGUGACAAAUACAAGCAGCUGUUGAACACAAUCAAUGCAGAGUUAACAUCCCUUAUCAACACUGAAGGCACACAAGUGAUCACAUACAAGCACAUGUCAUUCUUAACUAGUUCUGCCCACAAGUUGGCUACAUCUCCCUGCUGUUUCCCGAGGUACUUCUUCCAGAGUCUGCAGCAAACAGCCCUCAAGCUGGCUAUAUCUCCCCAGCAGACCGGUACAGAGCCAGUGCUGGUCCAGAAUGACACGUACCUCGCCCUGACGGUGGAGGGCAUCAUUCAGCACGGCGCCAGACCAGGCCGCUUCAGGAAGGUCAAGGCCAUCAGUGUCAGUGUCGUCUCCAACAUCAUUUCCCGCACUCUCACAAACUCAGAUCAGAAGCUGACAGAGUCCACAGGUAACACCCUGGAGCAAGCAGUGGAGCCUCACAACGACUACUUCACGCUCAGCUUCAUUCUCCGCUUUCCCGUCCUAGGCCUGCACGCGGUUACCAUCCAGGCAGCCAUCUUGGACACGGCAGGCGCCAAGUGGCACACGGGACCGCGCGUCGGGCUCCAGGUGAAGUCGUACGACGACGCCAUUCAGAAGCAGCAGCAGGUAAAACACGCACAGAGGCCCACGUACAGUCAGCUGCUUAACUCUUGAUACCCUGGGAUGAAAAUGGUGGUAUUAAGAAUGAAACUGAAAAAGAGAAACAGUUGACAUUUUUAAUAAGCUGUUUAACUUGUGAGACCCUGAGAUGGGAAUGAUGGGAUUGAGUAUGAAACUCUUGAACUCUUGAGAUUGAGAUGAAACUCAACAUUAGGGAACUGGUAAUACUAAGCGGAUGUCUGAAGUGCUUUGUGUUCCCUGAAUGUGUGUGGGCACUUCCAUGUCAAUGAAGAAAACGAAAGAACUCUUGACAGAGUAUGAAUUGAGUGUGAUGUACAAUUGAAAAGGUGCUGUUGUGCUUUAGAUAUGUACGUAACAAUAUACAGCCACGUUUUUGUUUAACUUUUUAUGAAAUGGUUUAUGAUAGAAAUCAUGUACUCUGUGCUUACCAUAAAAUGUAAGUUAACGUUCUGUUGUUAUAUUCGUACAAAUAAAUAUGUGGUCUAAUUUUGAUGUAACAACAAAAAUGCUGGGCAUUUCUAUUGUAAGGACACAUUGUUGGAAUGGAUUUAACCAUAAAACAAAUUGUCAUCGGUAUAUGUUAUUUAUUUAUUUUGGCGCAAUUGUAUGUCACAUGGUAAUGUAUGACGUCAUGACGUAAUUUCCUGUCAUUUUUGACGUUGAAAAACAUUUACUUUAUUGAUGUACAAGACAGUAAAAAAGAUGUAGUGAAUUCAUAUUUGUAAAACUUGAUAAAGCCCAUUUGGGCGCAAUAUUGUAAUUAAAAGAGUGUUUUUUACCAUGGAAAUAGAUUUGAUUCAACCAAUUUAAACAAUUUUUAAACAAUCAUAGAAGUCAGCCCCAAAGUGCUUAACAGAAAAUAAAAUUUCUAGGACAGUAUGUGAGGAAUGUCGUUUUAAUUGUUGAUGUCAAUGGCUGAAGAAAAGGACUGGAGGUCUUCUUAUUGAAAGUUGAAAUACAGAGGUACAUAUAUCUCGGUCACUCAAUGAAAAUCCUAAUGGUAAUGACUAAGCUAUGGAUGAGAAAACCGAAUAACGCCCAAUGAGAUCUGGAGACUGGUGUAGAGGGCAUGGUGGGUUACAAGUUAGACCGAAAAUGCAGUACUUUCCUGUAACCAACUGAUACAUAAUCAAAUGAGUGGUGUUCUAAGAAAACUGGGCAAAAUGCAUGUGCGUAAAGUGCCAUCCCAGGGACAACACAGGCUAAUCUGGGACGACACUUUACCCACAUGCAUUAAGCCCAGUUUUCUCAGAACAAGGCUCAAAUGAUUUGUUAUGUUUUGACAAACAUACAAUUUGAGGUACAUUCUUGUAAAUUGUGCAUUGUAAUAUAACGCUUGUGCAUGACCCUACAUGAAUUUGUUCUCAAGAAAUUGCAUAUGUUUUCUAGGUGGCUAUGCAAGCAAUAUGCAUGCAUUAUGAUAAGAAAAUUAUGUGUCCUUAUUCCAUUAAUGGAAUGCAAUAUGAGUAAACGAAUGUAAUUGUGUUUCAACAAUUUUCCGGAGAGGAUUUAUUUAUGCCUUUUUGCCGCUUUGUUUGUUCGAUUUGUUUCGGCAUGUUUUUUUCUGUGCUGCGAACAUGUUAGCAAGACCUUUGCUACCUUGUAAAUUGUCGACCCUUAAGAACGCUCAUGUUUGUUUGGGUAAUAACAAAAUAAAUAUACGAUGUCACUCA